AAAUCAGGUCCAAGAACCAUAAGCCUACAACUAAUAUCGAUUCUGUUCGACACCAUCAAACAAACGUGUGUAGUUUCUCUCUCUACUUCGGCGCCCUACUGAUCCACAUCGUUCCUCCGAUCUCACCUCAUCGACAUCGAUCCUCUCCGUGCUUGAUGUUGGUUAUAUAGUUUCGGAUUUUGCUCGAGUACAAUGGCAAACUAUUCAGCUAAGGGAGCCCCUUCAAAUGGAUCUGUGUAUGUUUGUAACUUGCCACCUGGAACCGAUGAAGAUAUGUUAGCUGAAUUCUUUGGCACAAUCGGUUUGCUAAAGAAAGAUAAAAGAACAGGCCGGCCGAAAAUAUGGUUAUAUCGGGACAAAGUAACAGACGAGCCUAAGGGCGAUGCCACAGUGACGUAUGACGAUCCACAUGCCGCAUUAGCUGCUGUAGAAUGGUUCAAUAAUAAGGAAUUUCAUGGGAAUAUUAUUGAAGUUCUCAUGGCACAGUCAAAAAAUUCACAUAAUUCUGUCGCACCGCUUGUUGACCCGAGUUUGGUCAAUGACGUGGGACCCGAUGAAAGUGCCUUCGAUAUUAAUGGAAGUGGGGCCCGAGGUAGAGGUCGUGGUGAUGCUUCCGGAAACCUUCCGCAAAAAGCAUGGCAGCAAGAUGGUGACUGGGCGUGUCCGAAUACAAGUUGUACGAAUGUAAACUUUGCAUUUCGUGGUGUAUGCAACCGCUGUGGAAGUGCAAGGCCUGCUGGUGCAGGCGGUGGUGGUGCAGGCGGCGGUGGUCGGGGUAGGGGUCGUGGUGGUUCUGAUUCAGGUGGCGGGCGAGGUGGAGUUGGUGGUCCUACUGGUCUGUUUGGUCCUAAUGAUUGGUCUUGUCCAAUGUGUGCUAACAUCAACUGGGCAAAGCGAUUAAAAUGCAACAUCUGCAACACGAAUAAGCCCGGUGUUAGUGAAGGGGGUGUGAGAGGAGGGCGUGCUGGUGGGUACAAAGAACUUGACGAAGAAGAAUUAGAGGAAACAAAGCGUCGAAGACGGGAAGCUGAAGAAGAUGAUGGUGAGAUGUAUGAUGAAUUUGGAAACUUGAAGAAGAAGUUUCGUGUCAAGGCGCAACAAACUGAAGCUGGUCAGGUGCUACCCGGAACUGGGCGGGCAGGCUGGGAGGUUGAGGAGCUAGCAGGAAUGAGUGAUAAAGAUAGAAGAGAAAGAAGCAGAGACAGAAGGGAGGAAAGAGAAAACAGCAAGAACAGACGUAGGAGCAGAAGUCGUGAGAGGGAUAGGGGCCGGGAAAGAGAGCGUGAUCGGGAAUACAAUUACGAAAGAGACCGAGAAUAUGCCCGGGAGAGGGAUCAGGACUGUCACAGGUAUCAUCAUUGAUCGUUAAUCUAUAAAAUUUGUGUUUUUGAAAGGUUUUUCAGAGAUCAGUUUCCUUUGGUUCUGCAUUUGCAAUGUGAAGUACUUGUAUCCUGGCACUGUUUCUUGGACAAUUAUGUGGUUUCUUUUGCGAACAUUUUUUAUUUGAAACAUUUUGAUAUUAAUAUGGAUUUUUGUAAACCGAAUGUUAGUUGCACUGGAAAUAGUUUGUUUAAGACCAUUUUUGAUUUGUAUGAUCAUAUAAAUAUGUUAUGUUAUUUAUAGUUUA